AUUAAGGACGUCUCGCUAUGAGUAGGAGAAAACCUCCUUACUUACCGUUACCGACUACGUGACGAGCAUUUGACGAUAUCAUUUCAAUCCGCGCACCGGAAGAUUUUUAGGAUAAGCUUGAACUGAAUAUGAAUAGUGUUUGGAUGACCUCCAUUCUUACAUCCUUGUGUCGGCCUAUAGGUUUCCAAUUCCAUAAGCUAAACCCAAUCCAGUCAUACAAGUAGACGUUGACAGACGUGUGAUACAUCCAGUGGCGAUUUUUCAGUUCUCGUCUUCAGGAAAAGUGUUCUGAGGCUUUAUUCAAAUCCAGCUAUCUUUUUCAGCUACAAGAUAGUGAGAUUUCAUCGAUGCAGCUUGCACGAAUUCUUUUGGUUUUGACGGCAUUGGCCGUCAUUGAUACCGAAGCAAGAUGGUUUAGUCUUCCAAUUACUUUUCCAGCCUCUUUCAGCUCACUUUUACCGUUUACAUUUAACGUCACUAAAGAUGAUUCAGACUUGGGCUCGGUUACCUUAAACAUAAAACCAAAAUUCACCAGAGAAAUUGCUGGAGCAAAGGUUAAACGCGAAGUUACGGCUGAAAUAGCCGAAAAAAUGGAUCGCCUUAACAGCAAAGAGAGCCGUUUAAUUCGUCCACUUACUGAAAAGUGGGAAAUGGGAUUACCUUCCGGACUCGGCCUCACUUUGGGAGCUGUUGGAUCGGUUGCUGGGGUUAUUUGGACAAUUAUUGCAAAAAAUCUAGAGUAUAAAAAGGAACACGGCGAACUUGAUUGGAAAGAUUCGAAGGGAAAUGCGCCUAUCCCUGCUCCUAUCCCUGCUCCUCCCGCCCCACCAGCUCCUUCGUACGGAUCCUACAAUGCCCCAACUUAUUCGUCCGACUACAGUAUUCCACCGCAUCAGAAACCGGAAAAGGGAUUUGGUGGUUUUGCAAAGGGAGGUAAAGGCAUUAAAGAAAUGCAAGCUCAAGCCAUGAAAGGACUGACGAGGCUGGUAGGUUUGAAGGAUUUGAAUAGCUUAUUGCAUCCCAAGCCAAAGAAAUUAAAGAAGAAGAAGAGGCCCAUGCAGCAGCAGUACUAUGCCCAACCCGUAUACCAAUCUUCCUACACUUAUCCACAAGAAUAUGCUCCACAACCAAGUUACGAUCCUGCUCCAGCAUAUGCCCCUGCUCCAGCUUACGAUCCUGCUCCAGCAUAUGCUCCUCCUCCAGCUUACGAUCCAGCUCCAGCGUAUGCUCCUCCUCCAGCAGAGCUUCCUGCUUAUGCUCCUCCUCCCCAAGAUUUGGCACCAACGCCUCAAUCAGCCCCAGUUUACGCUCCAGCUCCUGAACCAGCACCCGUUCCGCCUCCCGUGCCCGCUCAAGUUGAUGUCUUACCGCCUGCACAAUACCUUUCAACCAAUAAUUUCCCCGCCCCAAUGUUCUCAUCUCCCCAUUCACCUCGUGAAAUCGAAGAUAGUCCUACACAAACCGCUCAACAAUGGAAUGGACCUUCCGUUUCCCAAUCGGAUUCUCUGCCGCCACAAAUUUCAGAUUCUGCGCCAGUUGAUGAUUCCACUCCUGUAGUACCACCACCCACCUUCAUUUCAAUUCAAACAAACGGUUUUUUGCCAAUAUUCCCUUCUCCAGUUGAUCCUAUGCCUUUUGAACCCUUACCCGAUAACAGUCAAGCCCCACAAAUGCCAGAAUCUAUUGGGAAUGUACCUACAUUCGGCGUGGAGCCUUCUCCUCCUGCUCCUCCAUCCGCUCCUUCUCCUCCUCUUCCUCCUCCAUCCGCUCCUCUUCCUCCUCCACCUGCUCCUCUUCCUCCUCCAUCCGCUCCUCUUCCUCCUCCACCUGCUCCUGCUCCUUAUCUUCCACCUCCACCUGCUCCUGCUCCUCCUCGUCUUCCUCCUAGAGGCUCUCGUCUUGAAGAUUCACAGCCUUUAGAAGAAAGCUUUUCUGUGACCGAAGAUAGUAGCUCUCAGAUUACUGCAACGACUACAACAUCGCCUGUUGUCACAACGAAUGCGGAAGAAGAAUUGGAAAUGGAUGAAGAAGGAGGCCCUCAAUACAGUAUCAUGGAGGAAUCAGCUCUUACGGAUGUAGCCGAUACAAAUAGUUCCAUACCUUAUGGAACACGUCUUAACAGUGCACAUAGAACUGCAACUCUCUAAAAAUUUCCAAAAAAUAAGUAAUGAUUAACUUAUUUGUUUGAUUUACAAAAUACUAGAGUUAGAUCACCUUAUACAAUAUUAGCUGUUUCAUGAUUUGGCUGGGCCUUCAAUACAUCUGAUAAGCAAUA